UUUUUAUUUAUUUAUUUAAAGUGACCAAGAACAACUUAAAUGUGUACUCUCUACAACCAUCGUUGAAGUCAACUGUACAAGUACAUUCUGGCAUCAAAUUGAACACAUUACACAUUCAGUUCAAAUUAAAUGUUAUUAAAACAUGUUUAUGCACUGACUCUGUAAACCUUAAAACAUAUAACACAUUAAAACAUGUUAACCACAGAUUUAAGGUGUAAAGAUGUGAUUCCUGGCUGGAGGCUGGAGAACUAAUCAGAUUUAAUUGAAGUCACAUGUGCCUACUUUCCUAACAGUGUUUUAAAUAAAACAACUCCCUUUUCAGUAAUGCUGGUCAGAACUAUUGGCUUUAGGACAGUUAGGAUUUUAUAAUAUAAUGUUGGCUGCGGGGAAAGUACCUCCUGGUGAGUCCAGUCCUCUCCUGGAUGUUCUCCAAUGGAAUGUCCCACAUGCCUCCUCCUGUUCUGCAGAGCCUGUAGAGGCGCCCCCUGCUGGACGGGCAGUCAGACGCCACUCUGGCACAGUGGGAUGAUUUAAAUGGAGUUUUGAGUGUUGGUGUCGGCACCGGAGAGUGGACCGGGGAGUGAGUGGCAGAAGAAGCAGCAGAAAAUGUGAGACAGCCACGGGCGUCAGUCCCCGCAGAGCCGAGCCAACAUGCAGAAAGGCAUGAGACUGAACGAUGGACACAUCACCUAUCUGGCUCUUCUGGCCAAAAAGGACGGGACGAGGCGAGGCUCCCUGAGUAAGAGGAGCUCCGACAACACGAAAUGGCACUCCAAGUGGUUCGCUCUGCUGCAGAACAUGCUGUUUUAUUUCGAGAACGACUCCAGCUCACGCCCCUCUGGACUGUACCUGUUGGAGGGAUGUGUUUGUGACAGAGCACCGUCACCCAAACCUUCUCUGUCAGCCAAAGAGUGCUUAGAGAAGCAGUAUUAACUCACCGUCACGUUUAAUCAUGACAACCAGAAGUCUCUGGAGCUGCGCUGUGAGGACGUCAAAGACUGUGAUGAGUGGGUCGCUGCUAUUACACAGGCCAGUUACAGGAACCUGGCCACGGAGCACGAGGGCCUCACGCAGAAGUACCUCCAUCUACUCCAAAUCGUGGAGACUGAGAAAACGGUUGCCAAGCAACUUCGACAACAGAUUGAGGACGGGGAAAUUGAGAUAGAGCGACUAAAAUCAGAGAUUUCUGGAUUGCUGAAGGACAACGAAAAAAUCCAUUCAAAUCCAGAAGUUCUGCCCAGUGAUGAUGACACUGAGAUCAAGAAGAUCAAGAAGGUCCAGAGUUUCCUGCGUGGUUGGAUUUGCCGCAGGAAGUGGAAGACCAUCAUCCAGGACUACAUCCGGUCGCCGCAUGCUGAAAGCAUGAGGAAGAGGAACCAGGUGGUGUUCAGCAUGCUGGAGGCCGAGGCGGAAUACGUCCAGCAACUCCACAUUCUGGUCAACAACUUCCUGCGUCCACUCCGCAUGGCCGCCAGCUCUAAGAAGCCGCCAAUCACACACGAUGACGUCAGCAGCAUCUUCCUCAACAGUGAGACCAUCAUGUUCCUUCACCAAAUCUUCUACCAAGGCCUGAAGGCCAGGAUAGCCAGCUGGCCAACACUGGUCCUGGCGGACCUGUUCGACAUCCUGCUGCCCAUGCUGAACAUCUACCAGGAGUUUGUGAGGAACCACCAGUACAGUCUCCAGAUCCUGGCCCACUGCAAACAGAACCGGGACUUUGACAAACUGUUGAAACAGUACGAGGCCAAACCGGACUGUGAGGAGAGGACGCUGGAGACCUUCCUCACUUACCCCAUGUUUCAGAUCCCUCGCUACAUCCUGACGCUGCAUGAGCUCUUGGCUCACACGCCCCACGAACACGUGGAGAGGAACAGUCUGGAUUACGCCAAGUCCAAGUUGGAGGAACUUUCCAGAAUCAUGCACGAUGAGGUGAGUGAGACGGAGAACAUCAGGAAGAACCUGGCCAUCGAGCGGAUGAUCGUGGAGGGUUGUGAAGUGUUGUUGGACACCAGCCAGACGUUCGUCAGACAAGGGUCACUGAUCCAGGUGCCGAUGAGUGAGAAGGGGAAGAUCACGAGAGGUCGACUGGGCUCUCUCUCUCUGAAGAAGGAGGGCGAGCGACAGUGUUUCCUCUUCUCCAAACACCUCAUCAUCUGCACCAGAGGCUCAGGAGGAAAACUACACCUCACUAAAAACGGAGUGGUGUCUCUGAUCGACUGUACACUGCUGGAGGAAGCUGAAGGCGCUGAUGAUGAGACCAGAGGAGAGCGAGGCGGUCAGGACACCGAACACCUGGACUUUAAAGUGAUGGUGGAGCCAAAGGACGGACAGACGUACACCGUCAUUCUGGUGGCUUCGUCCCGACAGGAGAAGUCGGCGUGGACCAGUGACAUCAGCCAGUGCAUCGACAACAUCCGCUGUAACGGCCUGAUGAUGAACGCCUUUGAGGAGAACAGUAAAGUCACCGUGCCACAGAUGAUCAAGUCGGACACCAGCUUGUACUGCGACGACGUGGACAUUCGCUUCAGUAAGAUGAUGAACUCCUGCAAGGUGCUGCAGAUCCGCUACGCCAGCGUGGAGCGGCUGCUGGAGAGGCUGACCGACCUGCGCUUCCUCUCCAUCGACUUCCUCAACACCUUCCUUCUCUCCUACCGCGUCUUCACCAGUGCUGACGUGGUGCUGGACAAGCUCAUCACCAUCUACAAGAAGCCCAUCAGCGCCAUCCCUGCACGUUCUUUGGAGCUUUUCUUCGCCAGCAGCCAGAACAACAAACUGCUCUACGGCGAGUCACCCACGUCACCGCACGCCGGCCGCAAGUUCUCCUCUCCUCCUCCGCUCUCCAUCACCAAGACGUCCUCGCCCAACCGCCAUCGCAAACUCUCCCUCAACAUCCCCAUCAUCACCGGGGGCAAAGCCCUGGACCUGGCUGCGCUCAACUGCUCCCCCAAUGGCUACACCGGCAUGCACACCUCCAUGUCCCCCUUCUGUAAGACCAGCCUGGACAUCAACAAGCUGUAUGUGUCCAGCACCAUGGCCAGUAAAAUCCCUGAUGAUGGAGAGUCCAAAGCUGAAGGCAGGGCUGAGGAGUCGGCCCUGAACAAACAGGAUAUGUCGGUGAGAGAAGAAUGUAAUGAAGAUCCAGGACAAAGUGAUGAGACAGAAGCAGAAACGUCUCCUCCCAAGAGUCCGUCCACUCCCAAGAAUGUCAAGUCCAAGAACUCUGAGUUUUCUCUCUUCUCCUUCAACAAUGGCAUGUUGGUGUCGUCAUGUCGGGAGCUGGACAACAACCGCAGCGCCCUCUCUGCUGCCUCUGCCUUUGCUAUCGCGACCGCCGGUGCCAACGAAGGGACGCCAACCAAGGAGAAGUACCGCCGCAUGUCUCUGGCCAGCUCAGGUUUCCCCACUGACCAAAGGCACGGAGACAAAGAGUUUAUCAUCAGACGAGCCGCCACCAACAGAGUCCUGAACGUCCUGCGUCACUGGGUGUCCAAACAUUCACAGGACUUUGAGCUGAACACCGAGCUGAAGACACGAGUAAUUGGAUUCCUGGAGGAGGUGAUGCAUGACCCAGAACUCCUCACCCAGGAGAGAAAGGCGGCUGCCAACAUCAUCAGGACUCUUUCUCAGGAGGACCCUGGAGACAACCAGGUCACUCUGGAGGAGAUCACACAGAUGGCCAUGGACGACUGUAAGACUGAACCCUUCGAGAGCCAUUCUGCCCUGGAGAUAGCCGAGCAGCUCACUCUCCUGGACCACCUGGUUUUUAAGGUCAUCCCUUACGAGGAGUUCUUUGGUCAAGGCUGGAUGAAGAAUGACAAGAACGAGAGGACUCCAUACAUCAUGAAAACAACGAAACACUUCAACGAUAUCAGUAACAGGAUCGCCACAGAGAUCCUGGCCUGGGAUGAUGUCAACACACGCGCGGGGGUGGUUGAGAAGUGGGUGGCGGUGGCCGACAUCUGCCGCUGUCUCCACAACUACAACGCUGUACUGGAAAUCACCUCCUCUCUCAACCGCAGUUCCAUCUUUCGCCUGAAGAAGACCUGGCUGAAAGUCUCCAAACAGACAAAGACUGUGAUCGACAAGUUACAGAAACUGGUGUCGUCAGAGGGACGGUUCAAAAACCUAAGAGAAGCUCUGAAGAACUGUGACCCUCCGUGUGUCCCUUACCUGGGGAUGUACUUGACGGACUUGGCCUUUAUUGAGGAAGGAACACCAAACUACACUGAAGACAAUCUGGUCAACUUCUCCAAGAUGAGAAUGAUCUCUCACAUCAUCAGGGAGAUACGACAGUUUCAGCAAACAGCUUACAAGAUCGAUUAUCAACCAAAGGCAGCAAAGUACUUGCUGGACAAUAGUACCAUGCUGGAUGAAGACAGUCUGUAUGAAGCGUCUCUGAGAAUCGAACCUAAAACUUCAUCAUGAAGACUCUGACUCACAGGGACUCUGGACUGACGUGAUAUGAUCAUGUACAUAUGUUAUUCUUUCUACUAGAGCCUGUAGGUUGUUCUCCUUUAGUCUGUGCUCCCAGAUGGACCCACCGUGUAUAACUGUUAUUAGAACCCCAGUAGAAGCCCACCGAGGUUUUAUUUAUCUGGUCACAGAGUAUUUAUAAUAUGGUUAUUUAUCGUGACUUAUUUUCAUCCACACUCACACA